CCCCGGAGCGCAGGUAAACAGCCAAGAUGGCGGCGGAGGCCGCGGGCCCGGUGGGGCCCGGCAGCGGCGGCGGGACGGGCCUGACGGACCUGCCGGGCGAGCUGCUGGAGCUCAUCCUCUGCUGCGACGUGCUGGGCGCCGCCGACAUCGGCCGCGUGUCCUGCACCUGCCGCCGGCUGCGCGAGGCGUGCCAGCCCCGCGGCAAGGUGUGGCGGGAGCGCUUCCGCCUCAGGUGGCCAUCCCUGCUGAAGUACUACAGCCACAGUGACAGUGUCAGCUGGCUGGAGGAGUACAAGGCACGGCACAACGCGGGGCUGGAGGCACAGAGGAUUGUGGCCUCCUUCUCCAAAAGGUUCUUCUCAGAACAUGUGCCCUGUGAUGGAUUCAGUGACAUUGAGACUCUGGGGUGCCCCAGCCAUUUCUUUGAGGAUGAGCUGAUGUGUAUCCUCAACAUGGAAGGAAGGAAAGGUCUCACCUGGAAGUACUAUGCAAAGAAAAUUCUCUAUUUCCUACGGCAGCAGAACAUACUAAAGAACCUGAAGGAGUAUCUGCAGCGCCCCACGGAGCGGCAGUCCUUCCUGGAGGGUGCUGUUUUGAUUGAUCAGUACUGUAACCCCCUGUCAGACAUCUGCCUGAAGAGUGUCCAGGCCCAGGUGGACGAUAUCACAGACAAAGUGCGCAAAGUGCUGCGGACCAAGAACCCCAGGCACCCCAGCUUGGCUUCCAAGGCAGGAGAGGUUCUCAUUCCAGAAGUGGAACUUCAGAGGCAGGUGCUUGAUGCCAUGAACUGUGUCCUGUAUGAGCAGCUGAAAUACAAAGGAAAUGAGCUGGAUUACUACAACUCCCUGAAUUCCUACAUUCACCAGGUUUUGAUCCGCAGGACAGGAAUUCCCAUCAGUUUGUCUGUGCUUUAUUUAACAAUUGCCAGGCAGCUGGGAGUCAAACUGGAGCCUGUCAACUUUCCCAGCCAUUUCCUACUGCGAUGGUGUCAAGGGAAAGAAGGAAGCACAGAUAUUUUUGACUACACCUACAUCGAUGCCUUUGGGAAGGGCAAGCAGCUGACAGUGAAGGAGUGCGAGUACCUGAUCGGGCACCACGUGACAGAGGAGUUCUAUGGAGUGGUGACCUCCAAGGAGGUCCUGCAGCGCAUGGUGGGGAACCUCCUGAACCUUGGCAAGAGAGAGAGCACUGACCAGUCCUACCAGCUCCUGAGAGACUCCUUGGACCUGUACCUGGCCAUGUAUCCAGACAAUGUGCAGCACCUCAUGCUCCAGGCCAGAUUAUACUUCCAUCUGGGAAUCUGGCCAGAAAAGGUCCUGGACAUCCUGCAGCACAUCCAGGCCCUGGACCCAUCCCAGCACGGGGCUGUGGGGUACCUGGUGCAGCACACCCUGGAGCACAUCGAGCGGCGCAAGGAGGAGCUGGGCCCCGAGGUCAAGCACCGCUCGGAUGAGAAGCACAAGGAGGUUUGCUUCUCCAUUGGGCUCAUCAUGAAACACAAGAGGUAUGGCUACAACUGUGUGAUUUAUGGCUGGGAUCCUGCCUGCAUGAUGGGCCACGAGUGGAUCCGGAACAUGAACGUGCACAGCCUCCCCCACGGCCCCCACCAGCCCUUCUACAACGUCCUGGUGGAGGAUGGCUCCUGCAGAUAUGCUGCCCAAGAGAACCUGGAGUACAACUCUGAGCCUCGGGAGAUCCCUCACCCCGACAUCGGCCGCUAUUUCUCCGAGUUCACCGGCGUUCACUACCUGGCAAACACCGAGCUGGAGAUUCGCUACCCAGAGGAUUUGGAGCUCACCCGAGCCACGGUGCAGAAGAUUUACAGCUCAGGCAAGGAGUGAGUGCCAGAGGCAGCCUGGGGACAGAAGCAGCUGGAGUGUAGCUUUACCCUCUCUGCAGAACUUGCGUGGGAAGCAAGUUUGGUGACAAUCCUUUGGCUUAAUGCAUUGAAAACUGCACUGAACUUGGAAACUGGUGCUACAGCAUCUUCCCAUUGUCUGCCUGCCCGUCCUGGCCCAAAGGCACACGGACACUUUGGUACUUGAGGCCCAGCAGGAGGAUCUUGCAGGGACAGCUGUGCCAGGAGCGUUGUCCUUGGGAAGGAUCUGCACAUUCUGCUCCUUCUGUUAGGAGGUCAACACAGCAAGAUCCUGGUGUGGAAUAUGGAGGAAUCCCUUCUUCCAGAGAAGGAAGUGGCUUGUCCUGGCAGUAUUUUUGUUUGGCUGUGUGUGUCUGGUUUGGUUUGAGUGUAUCCCAUGCAGGCAAUAGUUUUUUAAGUCUCUCA